CCAAAACAACUUUGAUAGUGACUUUCAGGUUAUUUGUGUACGCUUUAACAAAAGACAGUUUAAUGUUUUAACAUGAACAGCGGAUUGAAGCACUGGAAAGAGGCGGCCACUCUCAUUUUAGCAGCGGGUCGUGCGGACCGUUUAUCGUCACCGCACCGCUUUGACUACAAUGUUUUAUUGCUUAAACGAAGCCCGAAAAGCGGAUUCAUGCCCAAUGCUUAUGUGUUCCCUGGAGGUAUGGCGGAUUCUUCCGACUUCUCUAGUGAAUGGCUGGACAUUUUUAAAGCCUUUAGCAGCUCUCCUAACUUCGGUUUAAGGAAUGUCCAGCAACCCCCCGAGACAAGACCGCCAAUAUUUGCCACCGACAGACUGAAAUUAGGCUCUCCUAUCCCGGGAGAGGUCGCCUUCCGGAUCUGCGCCUUAAGGGAGACAUUCGAGGAGUCAGGAGUGUUGCUGUUUGUGUCCAAAGAUGAAGAGAUGAGUUUGCUGAAGAGCCUGGAGGACAGGCGUACUACAGAUGAAGUUAAACAUUAUAAAAUGAACCAAGUGUGCAGCAGUGAGCUGAGCAAGUGGAGGACUCUAGUCAACCAGAACCCGUCUAACUUCAUCACAAUGUGCAGGGAGCUGGAGUUGCUGCCCAACAUCUGGGCUUUACACGAGUGGGCUAACUGGCUGACCCCCGUUGGUCAAUACGGCGUGACGAGGUUCGAUACGGCUUUCUUCAUGUGCUGCCUAGAGGAGACUCCACACGCCCUGCAGGACCACAAGGAAAUUGAAUGCUCGCAGUGGUCAACGCCUUCUGACAUCUUGCGAAGCUACCAGGCACGGGAACUGUGGAUGGCCCCCCCUCAGUUCUACGAACUGAGUCGCAUGUGCCGCUUCCCUUCGCUGAGCGACCUCCAGAGUUUUGCCAGGCGGCGCUCCACAGACGGCUGUGAGCAGUGGCUGCCUGUCGUCAUCUUACAGGAAGAUGGCUACAUAUUAGUGCUGCCAGGAGAUCAACUGUACCCAUCAAACUCUUCUGAAGCAACAACAGUGGACAUGACCGUGGGUAGAGACGGCUCAGAGACUGCACUGCAUCGUUUCCUGAUCUCGGACCGCUAUAGUAACCGCCUGCAGGUCAACAUCACACCCAAGUACAACCACCUUGUGCCUCUUGUUGGCCCCUUUGACUCUGACACUAAAAAUCACAAUGCCACUAUAAUAACUAAAUAAAAUAGUAAGUAUUGGUAAGAUAAAUUGUAAACAAAUGAAAAACUACAGUAACUGUAAACACAAAUUGAACGAAACAAAAAGAAAAUGUGUAAAAUGCAUGGUUAUUUGGUUGAAAUACAUUUUUUAAUUAAAAAAGGAAAUAAGUUAUACAGUGCAAUAGAAUCUGAUGCUUGAAAACUACAAAUAUCUCAGAAAAUAUUUUAUAUUUUUAAAAUAAUAAUAAUUAAAUAAUAAAUUAUUUUCUAUUUAUUAUAUAUUUGUAUAUAUUCAUUCAUUCAUUUUCUACCGCUUUUCCUCAUGAGGGUCGCGGGGGUGCUGGAGCCUAUCCCAGCUGUCUGGUCGCCAGUCAAUCACAGGGCACAUAUAGACAAACAACCAUUCACACUCACAUUCAUACCUAUGGACAAUUUGGAGUCGCCAAUUAACCUAGCAUGUUUUUGGAAUGUGGGAGGAAACCGGAGUACCCGGAGAAAACCCACACACAGAGAUGGCCGAGGGUGGAAUUGAACCCUGGUCUCCUAGCUGUGAGGUCUGUGCGCUAACCACUUGACCACCGUGCCACCCAUUUGUAUAUUCAUUCAUUCAUUCAUUUUCUACCGCUUUUCCUCACGAGGGUCGCGGGGGGUGCUGGAGCCUAUCCCAGCUGUCUUCGGGCGAGAGGCGGGGUACACCCUGGACUGGUCGCCAGCCAAUCACAGGGCACAUAUAGACAAACAACCAUUCACACUCACAUUCAUACCUAUGGACAAUUUGGAGUGGCCAAUUAACCUAGCAUGUUUUUGGAAUGUGGGAGGAAACCGGAGUACCCGGAGAAAACCCACACAUGCACGGGGAGAACAUGCAAACUCCACACAGAGAUGGCCGAGGGUGGGAAUUGAACCCUGGUCUCCUAGCUGUGAGGUCUGCGCACUAACCACCAGACCGCCGUGCGCCCCCCAUUUGUAUAUAUUAUUUAAUAAUAAUAAAAACAAUGUAAUGACCAUAAAAACAUAAAAAAAAAUAAUGCCUGUAAAAAGCCUUAAGGAAAGCAGUGAUACUGGUAGGUUACAUUUUAUAAACAUUAUAUAGUAAUAAUAUAUAAUAAACAAUAUAUAAUAUAAAAGCUAAUUAACCUGAGAUUUUAAGCAGAACCGUCAGAUAUGGUGUAUGUGAGCAAAUUUUAAUUUAUUGUAUUUAAAUCUUGUGAGUGGUGCCAUAUAGAGUCAGUAUUUUCUUUUAUCUGAAUUUUCACCUAUUAAAAUGUUGGACUGCAAAAGUGUACAUGAGUCAAGUUGCACAAUAAAUUAACAAUUUAUGGAAUGAGGUCUCGUAUUUGAAGCGUCCUCUGAAAGAAACGCAAGAAAAAUGACCAAAUGAGAUCGCACCAACACAAAUAAACACAACUUUGGCUAAUGGCAUGCAUGUAAUGGACGUAAUGUGUGAUGAUGGCCCUCCCCAUGUUCUAUGUGUGUCUGUGAUUGUGUGAGAGGGACCAAGUUGAAAUAACAGCGCUCAACCUUCGUGCUGUUUGCCUUGGAGAGUCAAUUGAGGGUUACCAUGGCAACUCCACAGCCUUGGAAACCUGCUAUCUUUGUCCAAAUGAAGUGAUGAUGCAGUGUUGUGUGUUCUCGCGUCAAAGACUCACCUUUAAUGGUGGUCAUCUUCUAUAUGUUAAAUGUAGUUUUUCCUGAGGAACUGCUUGAAUAUCACAGCUUUGUAAAAAAAAUAUAUAUAUAUUAUAUAUAUUAGGGAUGUCCGCGAAUUAUCGGUACCCAUAAUUAUGGGUACAGUUUGGUUUGGAAAAACCCUUGCCUGAUAUCAGCAUAUAAUGCUUCAGUGACAGCGAUGAAGUCCUCUCAACCACGUCCUUUUUUUGCCAUAUUUAAUUAUUCAUCUUGUGCACAACUCAGUUUUGAUGUUUGUGUCCAACAAUUUCCAUUCAUGAUUUAUGUUGUUAGCAUGCGCUAUACAUUCAGUGACAGCUUACGUGAGUCACUAAACCUGGCCAAAUUGCUAUUAUUAGCCGACAACAACAAUAACUAAUGUGCACGCGUGCGUUAUGCAGUGCAUACUUUACAUACUCAAAGCAGGAAGUAGGUCUUCCCAAAGCAGGAAGAGGGCAUGAUAUGUUUGCCGAACAUUCAAAUGUUGGCAUAAUCACAUACAAGGUAGGUUAACUGAUGUUUUGAUUGAUUUUAUAGUGAAUAAUGCUGUUUGAAAUGUAAAAAAAAUUGGCAUAGAAUCACAAUAGGUGAUUUUUACCAUGCAUGUGCACACUAAAAGUACACCUAAAGUAUUUUGCUACCGCUUGGACCUGGCGUUAUUGCUUGUACAGAAGCAUCCAUCCAUUUUCUAUGCUGAUUAUCCUCACUGCAGACUAUCCCAGCUGUUUUAGAGCGAGAGGCAGGGUACAUCCUGGAGUUGUCAUCAGCCAAUCACAGGGCACAUAUAGACAAACAACCAUUCACACUCACAUUCAUACCUAUGGACAAUUUGGAGUCGCCAAUUAACCUAGCAUGUUUUUGGAAUGUGGGAGGAAACCAUAGUACCCCACGCCCUUGGAGAAUCAGCGUCCUAAAAUUAAUCCUAUAAUUAAUAUUUUCUGCUCCUCCUCCUGACAGCAUUCAGUACAACUGCCACCUUGCAUACCACAAACAAAAAGAGAAAGACUUGAAAUAAUGUACAAUGUCUAAGAGUCCUUGCCCACAUGCAUGAGCACCGUAAUGUCCUGUAUAAUCAGUGUGAUUGGUCCGCCUUGUAGUUAUCAUUGAUAGCCACCACCUUUUAAGUCAACUGAAAGACACAAUUCAUCCACAAUGUCAGCGCACACAGACACGCUUCCUCCCCAACAUAGACAUGGAUUUUUCCUUGCGGCAGUUAUUAAAUGGGACCCAUUAUGGUUGUCCACUUUUCCACUGACCUAUUAAUGUAGUUAGAAUGUUGUAUUCUUGUGUUAAAGGAUGUCAAACCUUCAGAUAAUGAGGUUUGCAUUUGGAAGUGAGCCCUGACUUCCUUAUAUGGGUGUGGGACCAAUCACAGUGAAGUGGGUGUGCCCGGAGGCGGGGCAUGGGUGGAAUAAAUUGAAAAUUAAGACGAUUUUGGAAAUCCAAGGAAAUACAUUGGAAUAGGUGCAGAUUCUGGAAGAUCAACAAAGAUGUCUAUGCGGGUUAUCAUGUGUAGCUGCUCUAUAGGAGUCUACAACUCAAUACACAAGCCAUAAAUGAGCAUAAUAGGUCCCUUUAUAUGAUAACUGCCACCUUUGCGAAACAAAAAUAAACAGAAUUGAAACCAAAAUGUGAACACUUAAGAACAGCUAUCAAUGAUCACCGCCACCUCGUGUAACAGAAGUAAACGGACAAGUCUCGAAAUACAGUAUAGUAGUAGGCAAUCAUGUCAUAAGAUAAUUGGGACCAACCAGUUAUUAAAUACCGUAAUUAUAGUUAUAAUGAAUAACAUAAACAACCACGGCGGUCAAGUGGUUAGCGCGCAGACCUCACAGCUAGGAGAC